GAUGUCUGUCUGCUUGUAUGUCUGUCUAUAGUGUGAAUGAAGAGCUAGCAGCAUGUUUUAUGAGUUAAACUAUUCAGCCUUAGAUUUUAUUUAUUUCAGCAGGAAGUACCCAAUGAGCGGGUCAGGCUCUUAUUUCAUGGCGACUUGUUAGAGAUUAUACGGUACACAUCUUAAUUACAAUCGCAUUGAUCGCGAUACAAACAGCAAGUAUCAGAGCGUGCUUUACAUGUGACUACAGGAAUACGGAACCGGUCGAAAACUAAAUAAUGAACAUAUAAUGAGAAAAAUAGAGGCAUUGCGUAUGUGGCAUCUAAUACAUUAUAAUUAUUUCAAUUAUCUAAUUACAUAUAGAAAAUGUCAUAUAACUCCAACCUUACUAUUUUCAGUAACACUUUUGAUAUUACCACCAAAUACCCUUUAAUUAACACUGCGAAGUUCAUCAAUAUGACAGAUUACUAUCACGUAAGAGUUGUAUUAAAGGGUAGUAAAUGUGCAAUAUACAUUUAUACCUACAUCUACCCUAUUGGGAUUCUUUACACCACUAUGGUCAAUAAUGUAUUUUUAAUGCUACCUCGAACUGUUUUUCACAUUACAUAUAUCCAUAUUUAACGACCUGUGAUAUUUUAAAUGUAUACACUUGUGAAUACUUUACAUGCAAUGUUACUGUGCUUUUAAUAAUGUCUCAUAGCGUAUGUGCCCAGGUAAUGUUUGUUGAAUCUCUUUCGCACUAUGGUAUUGUUUCUCCUUAAGACCUCAAAUCACUAUCGUAAUGAUCAUUGCCUAUUGAAUGUGCUUGCAUGAUUGUUAAGGUACAGGGAUGGAGCUGCAUUGGUAUUGUCUCCAGGUUACUACCGUUAUUUACCGUUUGAGUUGUUUCUACUAAUGUAAUUUUUCUUGUGUUUUUCUUAUUGAAGGUACAGUAUUUGUGGAGUUUUUACAUCUACUGAUGCUACGUCUACUUACAUAGAUAAGAUGAAUGUUUUUUUUUCUAAGUGUCAGGGGGCUUCGCAAAUGCAGUCACGCCUUUUCCAAUACGUGGCCGCUACUGCGGUGGUGACGAGUUCGGGCACUUGCAGAUUCCCCAACUACAACAAAAAGCAACAUUACACCCUCAUGCACUCGCUUUGGCAGCGAUUAAUGACCAAAUCCACGAUUUGUGGCCGUGGACAUGAACACACUUUUACUCGUAGGCAAUAAUGCUGAAAUACCACAUCCUUAUCCCAAAAUUUUAAUAUCAAAAUAAACAUUUGUGGUGUUGUAGACCUAUAUGGUUACAGCUUGCAUGCAUAAUUGCUUGUGUGUACAUUAAUAGCUUAAUGUACAGCUCUAUGUAUUGUAUGUAACCUUUUGUGUGUAUGCUUAAGUCAAUUUUCAUGGUGUCCGUGACAGGCUGAACACACACAGCAUAUGCAUUUUACAAAUGUAUUAUGACAACCAAUUCCUGACAACCAAAAAUGGACCUUAAUGGUAUGAUUUAGGAUUUCUGUAAGAAUGUAAAUAUUCAUGUGGCGUGCAUGUGGUGCUUGCGAGGCCCCCUGGAGUUUAUAAAGCCGUUUUCCACAAACCCUUUGAGCUCGCUGAAAUGAUGCAAAAAGUCGAGCAAAACAGUUGCAAGGAAAUUGUUUUUGCUUAAGUUUUUGCAGUGGUUGAAAUUGCGUGGCCUGUUUGCUCGCGGGAUUCUGUAUUGGCUCUCGCAAGCGAUGGUGCAAUGCGCGUUGUGGAAAACGGCGGCUGUGUGUACAGUAUUUUGAUGUUCCACUACUCAUUGUCGCUUGCUUUAUAUCGAGUCCUUGUUGUGGCUAUUGCCGCUUACCGUUUGGGCACUGCAAACUAAAACAAUGUAGAAGAAUUGAAAUGGAAGAUUACAUUUUUUAUUUUCUCAAAUUCAAAAGUAACAUUAAGUCUAAACAAAGUGUACAAAAACUGAAAAUCAUCAAAACACUCCAACUGCUGAGACUGCGAAGAAGUUUGGCUUCAAGUCCUCUAAAGCGACCAUGACGUAAAGGAAGACUGGCACAUUGUGCGCAAAAUGUUUGUAGGUGGUCUGAGCAUCGACACCGAAACCGACACGCUCACUUCCUACUUCUCCAAGUAUGGCACGGUGGUGCAUGCCGUGGUUCUGAAAGACGCACGCACGAACAAGUCGCGCAAAUGUGGCUUUGUGACGUACUCUGGCGUGGAGGAGGUGGACGAGGCUAUGAGGAACAGGCCGCACAUGAUCGACGGAGUCGUGGUGGAUGCCAAGCGUGCCAUGAGUGCGCAGAACAUGCGCAUGCCCGGCUCACAGGAGAAGGUGACCAAGAUUUUUGUUGGCGGCCUGGGCCGCGAGAUCACGAGCCCUCAUCUGCGCGAGUAUUUUGAGUCGUAUGGCGCCGUGCUCGAGGCCUUCGUCAUGAAGGAUGCCAAGACCGGGAACUCCCGCGGCUUCGGGUUUGUGUCGUUCAACGACCACGACUGCGUCGACAAGUGCACCCAGCAACGAUACCACAUGAUCAACAACAAACAAGUGGAAGUCAAGAAGGUUUGGACCGAGCACCAGCAGAAGGAGAUGGGCGGCGGGCGCGAUCGCCACGGCAUGCCCUCGUCUAACAUGCCCCCGCACCACAUGCAGGGCAUGCAGGGCAUGCAGGGCAUGCAGGGCAUGCAGGGCAUGCAGGGCAUGCAGGGCAUGCAGGGCAUGCAGGGCAUGCAGGGCAUGCAGGGCAUGCAGGGCAUGCCGGGCAUGUCGGGCAUGUCGGGCAUGCAGGGCAUGCAGGGCAUGUCGGGCAUGCAGGGCAUGCAGGGCAUGCAGGGAAUGCAGGGAAUGUUCGGCCCACCAGGCUUCCAGGGCAUGCCCCCGCCCCGCAUGCCCGGCAUGUCGGCAAUGCCAAGGGCACAGGGGAUGAAAGGGCCACCGGGAAUGUCGGGGAUGCCGCCGCCGCCGCCACCGCCACCGAAUAUGCCGGGAAUGCCGUCUGUCCCGGCUUUGCCGGGAGUGAACGGCAUGCAGGCGCUGCAGGCUCUGCAGGUGCUGCAGGCCGUGCAGACGCUGCAGGGCCUCCUCAUGCCCAACACGCAAGCGUCCGCCUCUGCCCUCGCUGCCGCCGCCGCGGCCAUGCCGGCCAUGAGCAUCACCAACGCCUUGGGCCUUGCCAACACGUUGGGAGCCGGGAUCACCAACCCUGGUGCGGGGCCUGGCUCGGCCGCGGGCAGCUCCUACGAUCCGAAGAUGAUGGGGACCAUGAGCGGUCACGGCCGCGAUGGUUUCAACGGCAGCGGCAAUAGCGGUGCGGCGAGAAAUGGGGCCGAGAACCCCUACAGCGGCAGCUACAACAAGUACGGGGACAUGAGCGCCUACGGAGGGGGCACAACCGAGCAGGGCUUCCUUGUGGGCAAGGCUGGCGACGGCGGCGGCGGCGUUCAUGGCACCUCGCGGCUCUACAGGAACAUGCAGGAUGAGCGCGAGGAUUGGCAGCCGAGCAGCUCCAACGAGCUGGCGCGCAGCGACGUGUGGUCACACUUCCAGCUGCUGGGCAGCGGCAUGCGCUGCUGCCUGUGUAGCGUGAAGCUGCAAUACAAGGGAGACAGUCUGCCGGCGAUGAUAUACCACCUACAGAGCCGGCACCCGCAGGCCCUAGAAGACAAACAUUACUCGAAGAGGGAGUCGAGAGAUGGAGACUGGGACAACCGGAGGGAUGACCUGCGGUACUACUGAGGAUCGACCGCUGUGUGAUUGUACAAAGAGUUGUUCAUUCUUCGACUCCACCCACGGCUAUAUUUGAGUGAAACAAAACAAAAUCGGAACCGGAGUCACUAGCGACCGUCGAAGGGUAAACUGGCAGGCGUUAUCUUCGGUGGCGAGCUGUGUGCUUUGUGCCCAAACCACAUUUGUUUAUGAAAGUAGUAGAAAUUUGUGAAACGUUAGAGUGUAGGAGUUUUAUACGCUCGUUCUUGGGAGUUUUCUUUUUGGGCAUCGCUGCUUUGACAUGGUCGCCGAUCCUGCGUGCCUACACCCACUUGGAGGGGAAGAGUUUCACAUUUUUGUUGAGAUAAAUCUUCUGUAACUUACAAAAUUUGCUUCCAAUAGUUAUGAACACUGGCGGAGCCAGUGGGGGGGGUGGGGUGGCACGUGCCCCCCCAAUAAUAUGAUCGAAAUCCCUAAUUUCGAUCGGAUCAUUGGGGUUUAUUAGUAAUAUAUCGGCAUUUUGCGACUGCCACUGUGUAGCAGAUUGUUACGUGCCAGGGACUGAUGAUAGGACAAUAGUCUGACUCCAUAAUUGGCAAUAAGUAACGGCAAAGCAGUUAUAAGUGACUCAGAAUUGUGCGCAGUUGCGUAUACAGUCCACGACUUGCCUGAAGGCAAACGCCUUCAGCGAGCGCGAUGCCGGUCACACAACACGGUUCGAAUUUGACCCUCGAUCGAUGGCUGCACCAUCGCCGCACACGCGUCGAAAACUGAGAAACUGAAUAAGAAGCAAGGGACAAGUCCUUACUUACUAACAACUAUCACUUUUCAUUGCUGGAGGGGUUGCCCCCCCCCCCCAUACCUGAAAAUGUUGGCUCCGCCAUUGUUUAUGACGAUAAUUUUGCCAUCUUUUGCAUAUACAUUAUGAAAUGGGUGCAUUAGGGUUAAUGGUUACUAAUAUGAGAGUAAUAAGCGUCACGAUGUUGUUGAUGAUUUUAAAUUUUGCGCUUUCCGAGCAUUCUAACAAUUUGUGUGGCGGCCUUUAAACGCAUUCAUACAUCGACUUGGCCAGGUGGCUCGCGGGGCUAAUGUUUUAUGUUGUCAUUUCGAGGUCCCAGCUCAAACCCAGGUACCCACCCGCCUGCAAUUGUAACCCGGGGCCUCAAGUCUCGAGAGAUGUUGGUCUCAUCCCUGUCCCCGGUGUCUCCCACAACACCCAUCGUUUAGCACGAUUGGCUACAUAUGGUGCGAAAGAAGGUCUACAUACAUACAUUUAAUUCUGCUUAUUUACAGCCCUUAGGAAUGACUUAUGGGGGUUCGACUGCAAUGUAACGAACCUCUUCAUCCAUAGCAGGGCAACGGAUCGAGUGCAACAAUAUCCCAAAUGUGGCUAAGGGUUCAUUGAGGUGAACCGAGAAGUUCUGUCAUUUCAUCUUCCAGAUGCUGUCAUUUAAGAGGGGGUAGAACACUUUCUGGUCUGUGUAAGAGUUUAAAUUUCAAAUGUAUUCCUCCCAUGAUCUUCAUCUCAUGCCAGUAAGUCCAAUUGGCAUACAAUUUAGAAUGUUCCUUUUUGAUACAUUUCGAUGAAAACCGCUGCAGCCUUUUAAGGCCACGUUGAGGAAUGACUGGAAGACAACACAAGUCGACUUUCGUUUCUCUUAAUUGAUUUGUCUGCUUUCAGUGACUUUUAGACUGCUAAUAGCUUUCUGUACGCAUUCAUUAACUGCUAUUGUGUGCCCACUGCUGCAUAUGUGCACUGAAAUGUCUACAGUGAAAUCGAGUGCCAGACAGAUGUAUUUGACAGUGCUUCUCGAUACAAUCAAUGCACAUUAGCACCACGUGGCGAAGUUCGAGUUUUGUGUGGCCUUCACCAUUAACUCUGUCACUUUAACUCCCAUGUGGCGCAGUGGCUUUUUCAUGGUCCUGAAAAUGUCUCAACUGAAUUCUCCUCGCCUUCACCUUGAGAACGUCUGCUUGUGAUGGAAGUCGACACACAACAACCUGCUUGACUUUACUCUGGGAGGGCCGGACCCUGAUUCAACCCCAUGGCUUCAGCCGGCCCGAGCUCUGUGCUCUGACGGUAAAAUCAAUCUCUGCUAGCAACCCACCCUGCUCUGUGUAUAAACAUCCUGUUCUCAAAACGGGUUGACCUGUCUCGUAUGCACGUGUCGGUGUGCAUGUAUGUACACGCCACGCUACAAGCUGUGCUGCUCGCGAUGUGCAAACGCCCAGUAUAGUUAUUCAAAUGUCAAGUAAAAUUUCGAUUUAAAGCUUUCGUCACUGCAGGGAUUCAUCCUCUUGGUUCUUUAGGUAAAGUCACGUAGAAGGGAAAUAAUAAAGAUAAAACAAUAAUUCUCACGACGUUUCGGACGGCUGCUUGUGUUGUGGCCGAAAUGUGAGAAUUAUUUUAUUAUGUUUUGUUAUUUAUUAUUUCCCUUCUACGUGACUUUACCGAAAGAACCAAGAAGAUGAACCUGUCAUGUAAUUUAUCUAAGACGGAUAUCUUCAACUGGGUCUCAAGAUAUGCUGCAGGAAGGUGGUCAUGCGUUGGGCUGUUCGGCCAAGAGAUAUCUUAACCUGGCCUGUCUCGCCCACCCGCAGUCAGCGCUGCUCCAAUUGAGUAGCUGGUGAGACGUCCCCAACGACGUUUAUGUUGACGUGGGGGGAGGGGCCCCGUGGCUCGGUCGGUGCCAAGUCAGCACCGCUGAGAUCCGGGCUCCGAAUGGAGGCAGCUGCCGUUAAACCGAUUCCUUAAAUUGUAGCGAGUUAAUGGUCUCUGCCUCGUCACUAAUGACUGCGAUAAUAAAACCAGUUGUCACAAGUGCAGUUAUUCUCUUGACGUGGCAAACCCACAACAUCACAACUGAGUAUACGUCAAGUGUAAAUUGAGUACUCGAUUGUAAAUGUGGGUUUGCUCUGCUCAGUACAACGGUGUGCUGAAUUGGUGAUAAAUUGGCACGUUCUGUUCAUGUGACAAAUCUUAUUAAUUGGCUGUCUGGUGGAGGUGGGUGUAUGAAAACGUUUACAUUUUCGCGACGUCACCCAUUAUUUCUAACAAUGUAGGUCGCGAAAGCUUACGUCGUAAGUAUCUAUAACUAGUUUGACUGCCAUACAACUGAUCUCGUAGAAAGUGCGACCCCCCCCCCCACCCACUACUGCGUGAAGGAUUAAAAUACCACUUAAGAUUUAUUUUAGAUUUUUUUGUGCAAAAUCGCUCCUGCAGUAAUGUGGCGUUAACAUGUGGCCGCACUCUUCUGCAAAGUUUCCAAAUUGUGUGGCUCAUGAAAUGUCGACGGUGGCUUCAGAUGAGCGAAUGUUAUUGGCGUGCACGAUGCUGAACUACGCCACGGCGGCGGGCGGUGCGUUCCAAGAUGAGUUUGUGCGUCGUGGCCGCGGUAGCCCUGAUAGCCGUUUCUUUAAACGGGAGAUCUUAGGCUCUUUUUUAUUACGUUAAAAUAAACUCAUCCUUUUCUAGUCGUC